CACUGUGACGCGGUUUAGUUCCCGAGUAUCAGAGACCCGGAUCAGCUCUGUAACGAGUGCACAGGGAUGCGGAGGGUCCGGAGCGGGUGAUCCAGAGAGAAUCUACACACAGAUCAGACAUGCUAAUAUCUGAGCUGCAGUAACACGCGGGUGUUUGGGGACACAUGGACUCAACCAGUGAUACACAGGGAGACCCGGACAGAACUCACCAUCAUGUGGAGAACAGAGAACAUCCUGCACCCUCAGUGGGCGUGGCCUCCGGUGACGAUGCCAGCCUUCUGACUCCGGUGAGGAUGAAAAAGGAGGCGGGGCUUCACCCACACAACAAGGACCUGAUCACCGGCGGCACCCUGAGCCCCGGAUCCACCGCCGGCUACGGAUUUGACCGGAGGGAGGACACGGCAACUCUGAAGGACGAUUCAUCCAUCUCCAUAUCUAAAAGCAAGUCUGAGUCGAAGCUCUAUAAUGGAUCAGAUAAAGACGCUCCGUCUCCGGCCAACAAACUCACUAAGAAAGAGUCGCUCAAGGUUCAGAAGAAGAACUACAGAGAGGAGAAGAAACGAGCAACCAAAGAGCUGCUGAGCACCAUCACUGAUCCAUCAGUCAUCGUCAUGUCUGACUGGCUGAAGAUCCGCGGCUCUCUGAAGAGCUGGACCAAGCUGUGGUGUGUGCUGAAACCCGGUGUGCUGCUGAUCUAUAAGACUCAGAAGAUCGAUCAGUGGGUGGGGACGCUGCUACUGAGCGCGUGCGAACUCAUCGAGCGGCCGUCCAAAAAAAACGGCUUCUGCUUCAAACUCUUCCACCCGCUGGAGCAGUCCAUCUGGGCCAUCAAGGGUCCUAAAGGGGAGACGGUUGGUUCCAUCACUCAGCCGUUACCCAGCAGCCACCUCAUAUUCCGCGCUGCAUCAGAGUCUGACGGUCGAUGCUGGAUGGACGCUCUUGAACUCGCUCUGAAGUGCUCGAGUCUGCUGAAGAGGACGAUGAUCCGGGAGGGGAAAGAGGAACCGACAUCAGAACACACACACAUCAACUUCUACACCCUGCUGAGAACUCACAACCUUCAGUACGUACACACACACACACACACACACACACACACACACAUCAACUUCUACACCCUGCUGAGAACUCACAACCUUCAUGAAGGUGACCAGUUUAAGGACGAGUCUGACCGGGAGCUGGAGCAGGACGAGUGGGAGAAGAGUGAGGACAGUGACAGUGACACCAGUGAGAGACAGGAGGACUCGUACGCUGACCUGGACCAGGAUGCUCUGAGGGAGACCCUGUACAUGGAGCAGAGCCCCGAGGAGCUGGGGGAGGCGGGUGAAGCGGCUCAGACUGAGACCGUCUCUGAGGAGAACAAGUCCUUGAUCUGGACUCUGGUGAAGCAGGUUCGACCUGGAAUGGAUCUGUCCAAAGUGGUUCUGCCUACGUUCAUCCUGGAGCCCAGGUCCUUCCUGGAUAAACUGUCCGAUUACUACUACCACGCUGACUUCCUGUCUGAAGCUGCUGUGGAGGAGAACGCCUUCGACCGCAUGAAGAAGGUGGUGAAGUGGUACAUCUCUGGGUUCUACAAGAAACCCAAGGGUCUGAAGAAACCAUAUAACCCCAUCCUGGGAGAAACGUUCCGCUGUGUUUGGAUUCACCCGAAAACCAGCAGCAAAACCUUUUAUAUAGCAGAACAGGUUUCCCAUCAUCCUCCAGUCUCUGCGUUCUAUGUCAGUAACAGGAAGGACGGGUUCUGUCUCAGCGGCAGCAUCCUGGCCAAGUCCAAGUUUUAUGGUAAUUCUCUCUCAGCGAUUCUGGAUGGAGAAGCGAGACUGACCUUCCUGAACCGAGGAGAAGAUUACAGCAUGAACAUGCCAUACGCUCACUGCAAAGGGAUCCUAUAUGGGACGAUGACUCUGGAACUUGCUGGUCAGGUUGAAAUCAGCUGUGAGAAAACUGGCUACAGCGCUCAUCUGGAGUUCAAACUGAGGCCGUUUCUAGGGAGCAAUGACAUUGUGAACCAGAUCAGUGGGAAGAUUAAACUGGGGAAGGAGGUGCUGGCUACACUGGAGGGACACUGGGACAGUGAGGUGAUGAUAAAUGAUAAGAAGUCGGGGGUGAGCGAGAUGUUUUGGGACCCGACACCGGAGCUCCGUCAGAGCCGGCUGACCCGCUGCACCGUCACGCCCGAGGAGCAGGGCGAGUUCGAGUCUGAACGACUAUGGCAGCAUGUUACCCGUGCCAUCCUGAAUAAAGAUCAGACCGAUGCCACCAAUGAGAAGUUUGUGCUGGAGGAGGCUCAGAGGAGGUCGGCGAAGGAGAGGAAGACGAAGAACGAGGAGUGGACGCCGGUGCUGUUCGACCAGGACGCCGCCAGCGGGGAGUGGCACUACCGCUACGCCGAUACUCGACCGUGGGAUCCCCUGAAUGAUUUGGUGCAGUUUGAGAAAGAUGGGCGUGUUCAGACUAAAGUCCGGCACCGCACCCCUAUGGUUACGGGACCGAAACGUAAGCACAUGCAGAACGAUAAACCCAAAAGUCCAGAGAGCGGCUGCUCAUCACCAGAACCAGAACAUCACGAUUCAUCCGGGAGUGAGAGACAGAAGAUGAAACCAGGCAGCAGAUUCAGGAAGAAACAAACAGAUCUGUGUGAACUACAGAGCAGCAUGGAGUCCAUCAGACGUACUCAAGAGGAUAUCAGCAGGAGUGUGAGCGCUCUGAGGAGUCGGGUGGAGAACCAGAGCUUCUUCCUCACACAGAGAGAUUACGUUCUCAUCAUCUUCCUCAUCAGCCUUCAGCUCCUCAUCAACCUGCUCCUCAAAUAGAGCCAUCAGGGACCAGCGGGGGGAGGUGAUCCUCGCCUCAUUCUGUCCUCCUCCUGCUCCUCCUCCUGCUCCUCAAAUAGAGCCCGAGUCAAACAGGGACCAGCGUGGGGUGCUAUCCUCGCCUCCUCCUGCACCUUCUGCUUCUCAAAUAGAGCCAUCAGGGACCAGGGGUAGUGCUCUUCACCUCACUCUGUCCUCCGCCUGCUCCUCAAAUAGAGCCAGAGUCCAUCAGGGACCAGCAGGGAGUGAUCCUCACCUCCUCUUGCUCCUCCUGCUUUUCAAAUAGAGCCAUCAGGGAGCAGGGGAGAGUGAUAUCCUCGCCUCCUCCUGCUCCUGCUCACCUCUGCUCCUAUUCCAGCCGGGUCCACCCAUCAGGGACCAUGCACCUCCUCCUGCUCCUCUCUGCUCCUCCCCACUAAGCAAAUCCAGCCUGGUCUACUCUGUCCAUCAGUCAGUCCGUCCACAUUUACUCUGGAGCGUCUGAUUCAGAUACCCGUUUAGGAUUUAGAGGUUCUACAUCACCACUCAUGAUGCUCCACAGCGCCACCUACUGGUCUAAAUCAUGUAAUCUAGUUAUAAUGAUUAGCUUGUUUAAUUAUAGUUUAAGCCCCGCCCCCAUGUUCAGUAAUCAUGCACUAGGACCAAUCACAGAGAAGGAGCCAAUCCACGUAUAGUAUGUGUUUUAGAUCCCCACUAUGUACCCGGUGUCCACACCACACACUCCAGUACAGAUUAUCAUCAUGAUGCUCCACAGCGCCACCCUGUGGUCAGGACUCGUCAUGGUACUUUAUAUCACCUCAACACGACUGAAAAGACUCGUUCACUUUCUCCAUCGUGUCCACGAUCACGUUCUAAACGCCUCUGUAGGAAACGUCUACACUCGUCUGUGUGCUGGUUUUGAUUCAGGCAGGUGAAGUGCAUUAUGGGAAAUGUAUUUCUCCUGAUAUAUGAUGGACUACACUGUUCCAGCUCUGCACCGCCUCGACUUUUUAUUAUUAAUGUUUUUAUAUUAUUCAUUUUAACUCUGGUAGUUCCUGCUGUGUGUGUGUGUGUGUGUGUGUGUGUGUGUGUGUGUGUGUGUGUGUGUGUGUCUCACACAAUAAAAGAACCCCAGACGUAUGAUGACUGAGUGUGUGUGUGUGUGUGUGUGUGUGUGUGUGAGGCGUGUGUGAGGCAUGUGUGUAGUGUGUGUGUGUGUGUGUUUCACUGUGUUGCUUUGACUCGUUUAUAGAAGGAAAUAUAAUUUUAUACUCAAAUAGAAUUUGAUCAAUUGUGGAAUUAUUUCAUUUCAUCACAGAACUGAAAUUGUUAGCAUUGUAGCAUUAGCAGGAGUGGCUUUAAAAUAAACUUCCUGUUGUAGCAGAA